UCUUCCCCUGAUGCCCCACCAGUGCUCUUUCAGGCAGAAAAUCACCAGCAGCACCAGGGUUUGAUGCCCGACGGCCAUCGAUGCUGUCUAAGAGCCCAUCUGCGUUUGAGAAGGGUCCGACCCACAGGUAGCAGUUCUUCCCUGUGUGUGUUUACAUCGGUGACUGCAGAGGACAUGUGAUCCGUGAGGUUACGUGCAGAGACAGGGACGGUUUUGCUGUUUGCCGAAGCACCAAGCCGGCACCCGUCAGCCCGUUACAGUCUUUGACUGCACUUUUACCAGCUGGGAGAGCAGGGAGUGGAGAAGAAACCACAAGAGAAGAUUAAAGACCAGCGAGCAGUUUUCAUUGGCCAUCUGAAAAUUGCGGCUCGGUAAUUAAGGCUUUAGGCAGCUCACAAAUAGCCCGGCUUUCUGACGGCUCGCUCGUAUUGCGAGCCCAUCGCCACUGCGAGGAGCUGGGCUUUAUACCUUGGCCAAAAGGGAGUAAAAGCAAAAGCCAUGCAGGGACCAAGACCGGUGGUUCUGAGUGGCCCAUCGGGUGCAGGGAAGAGCACUUUGUUAAAGAAAUUACUUAAAGAUUACAAGAACAUCUUUGGCUUCAGCGUCUCCCAUACCACGAGGCAGCCAAGACCCGGAGAAGUAAAUGGCAAAGAUUACCACUUUGUGACCAGAGAGGAAAUGCAGAAAGAAAUUGAUGCUGGCGAAUUCAUCGAGCACGCAGAGUUCUCUGGAAAUAUGUACGGGACGAGUAAAGGUGCAGUGCAGGCUGUUCAGGCCCAGAACCAGAUCUGCGUCCUUGACAUUGACAUCCAGGGUGUGAAGAACAUCAAGAAGACAGACCUGAACCCCAUCUACAUCUCCGUGCAGCCUCCGUCCAUAGGCAUCUUGGAAAAAAGACUACGUGACCGAAAGACUGAGACAGAAGAAAGUUUACUGAAGCGUUUGACGGCAGCCCGUGUAGAUUUGGAACUUAGUAAAGAGCCCGGCCUGUUUGACUUGGUCAUUAUAAACGAUGAUUUAGAAAAAGCGUAUUCUGAAUUGAAGGAGAUACUCCUGGAGGAAAUCAAGAAGACCCAAGAAUCCAGGAAGUCCUGAGCUGAGCCUGCUCGGAGAGGCUUUUAACUUUGCACAUCAUUCCCGAAGCACGUCACACUGUUUUAUUCCAAGAGACAUUCCCUUUAGGCUGAUCCUUCUCCUGAGUUACUCUAGGAUGUUUCUAUUAAAAGGAAAGAAAAUGAA